AUGAGUCGCGCACCUUCCACGUCAUUGGAGAACGCUCCUUUGCUUACACCUAAUGAUCUUGACGAAGAAGAAACUCUUGAUGGAGGUAACGGUGUAGUCGAACGCGGUCCUCGUACUCGCGAAGCUCCGCGUGACCAUACAAACUUCUUUCCGUUACUUCAUGGAAAAUUUUCUCACCUCGAAACCUUACUGGCUUUCAUGUGUGUUUUGUUAUUAAUACUUAUGAGCGUUUUCGCUGGCUUAUAUGCCAGAGGAAGGACCAAUAAACACCCACAACCAGAAAUACCGCCGCCUAUUAUACCUCCACCAAAUGAUACCAUAAAGGAACCUUGUCUUACUCCAGAUUGUGUAAUUAUAGCGGCUCAGAUUAUUAGUGAUAUGGAUCCAACUGCCGAUCCUUGUGAUGAUUUCUUUCAAUAUAGUUGUGGUGGUUGGGUACAAAAUAAUUUGAUACCCGAGGAUAAAGGCCAGUAUAGUUACUUUGAUAGUUUAUAUGAAGACAAUCAGAAAUUAUUGAAAGAAAUUCUUGAAAAUAAUUUUGAAUCAACUCAUAAAUUUGAGCCGAAUCUUCCACCACCUUCAGAAGUAAUAGACAAACAAAAUUUUUAUAAACUUCAAAAUCUCUAUCAGUCUUGUAUGAACGAAUCUUUAAUUAAUGAUUUUGGUGGAGGGCCUUUGUUGCCAAUCAUAGAUCGUAUUAUUGACGAUUUUCCUGUAGACUCUAAAUAUUCUUUAUUGAGCAAUUUUGGACAUCUGGAUGAAAUAGAAAGUCAAGGAGCUCAUUCUCACGAUCCUCUUAAUUUAACAAAUACAUUGUCACGUCUUUCUAUCUUUGGAAUAAAACCGUUGUUUGAAUUUUUCGUAGAAGCAGAUGCAAAAGAUCCGAAAAAUAAUGUUUUAUACUUAUCUCAGUCUGGCCUUGGUUUACCUUCAAAGGAAUAUUACGAGGAGGAAGAGAUAUUGUUAUCAUAUAAAGAAGCUAUGAUCGAAUUAUUAAAUUUGGCCCUAAAUUAUAGCAGUAAUGUAGCUCACCAUUUCAAUCAUAAUUUCACUGAAUCAGAUGACUUAGUGAAAGACAUAUUAGAAUAUAGCGCAGAAAGGUUCUUAUAUAAAGAAUGGGAAAAAAAUGCUAAGAAAAUUAUAGAUUUUGAAAUAGAAUUGGCCAAAAUCUCUUUAUCCGCCGAAGAAUUUUCUGAUCCUGAAGCUACUUAUAAUAAUCAAACUGUAGUUUCUCUUGAAAACCUUAGUCCUUCUUUCAUUUGGACUCGUUAUAUAAGUGCAUUAUUACCUCCUACAUCUGUUUUUCCGGCUAAAAUCAUUUUAACUUCUAACAAAUAUUUUAAAGAUCUUUCAAACCUUGUCGAGAAAACUCCAACUCCAACUUUACAACUUUAUUUCAUUUGGCAAGCAAUUUAUACUUAUGCUGAUUCUUUAAGUGAAAAUUUUAGAGUGCCACUAAGAAAAUUGAGGGCAAAACUCAGAGGAACUGAUGAAUCAAUUAAACCUAAAAGAUGGGAAGAAUGUCUUAAAUCUGUCGAUAAUACUUUAGGUCUUAUGGCUGGCAGAUAUUUUGUGUUGAGAGCAUUUGGAGAUGCAUUUAUUAAACAAUUACCACGACUUGAUUGGCUUGACAAAGAAACGCGUGAAAAGGCAAUUGAAAAGGUUAAUCGUAUUAUUCAAAAAAUUGGAUUUCCCUCUAAAUCCCCUGAUACUAUGUCACCACAGUCUCUUGCUGAAUAUUAUGAAAAGAUUAAUAUAGAGAAAGAUAGAUAUUUCGGUAAUAUUUUAAGUGCUCAUGUGUGGGCUUCAGAAAAUAAAUGGAAGAAAGUUGGUAAACCCGUGGAUCUCGGUCAAUGGUAUAUGACUCCUCAAACAGUUAACGCAUACUAUAAUCCUACGGCUAAUGAAAUCGUAUUUCCGGCUGUAAUACUUCAAUCGCCAUUUUUUAGUGCCAGAGCUCCAGAAUAUGUAAAUUAUGGAGCAAUUGGUAUGGUUGUCGGACAUGAGCUCACGCAUGCAUUUGAUAAUAAUGGAAGACAAUAUGACGCGAAUGGUAAAUUAAUCCAGUGGUGGUCUAAUACUACAAUUGAAGCAUUCGAGGAAAAGGCAAAAUGUUUCGUGUAUCAAUACGGUAAUUACACAAUUGAUGAUCCAAAAGGCAAUCCUGUGAACUUAAAUGGUGUUUUAACUCUCGGUGAAAAUCUUGCUGAUAAUGGGGGUCUUAAAGAAGCUUUUCAUGCAUGGCUUACCCGAUUUGAAAGUGAUAAAAAUGAAAAGCUUUAUAAUAAUCAAUUAUUACCUGGAUUACAAAAUUUUACACGCGAACAACUAUUUUAUAUAUCAUUUGGGCGUGUAUGGUGUUCAAAAAUAAGACCAGAGACUGCUGUAGAAAGGGUUCGAGUUGACCCUCAUUCACCAGCAAUCUGGAGAGUUAACGGUGUAUUAACAAAUUCCAAUCAUUUUUCUGAAACAUUUAAGUGUAAAGUAGGAUCAAAAAUGAAUCCAGUUGAUAAGUGUUCUAUUUGGUAA